GGUAAUUGAAACCAACCCUAAGCUCUUUUUAUCUCCGCCUUAAAGGUAGCCUCGAUUAUUGCUGACUUAAGCAUCGGAGUGUCUACCCCGAGUUCCACCUCGGGGCUUUGUAGGUCACUUCGGAGUACAAGCGCAGACUGAAGAAGGACUUCUGGUUUGGUGCAAUUACAUUGGCGCCGUCUGUGGGAAUCGAACUGAAAGCUUUCUAGUUGCUCUUCCAUCAUGGUUCACACUCGAUCAGUCCGAGCUGGUAAUUCAUCUCUGCCUCAUGGGCAAGGUCAACCACACAACAACCUUCCACCUCCGAUCCCACCUCAAAUCCUACCUCAGCUUCCACCUCAGGUCCCAACCAUAUUCCCUCCUGCUGAUCAUGCAGAAAGAGGAGAUGAAAACCAACCUCAUGCCUCAGCUCACAAUUCUACUUCCACUGCCAACCAAGACGUGGUGACAGCUCAGCUUGCUGCCAUGCAGCAACAGUUUGGUGUUUUUCAGUUAGUACUGGCUCAGCUUCUAGCUAGAAAUAAUCCUGCACCUGCUCAGCAACCCAUCCCAGAUGAUGUCACCCGACGCCUCGAUAGCUUGGAAAAGCUAGUAGCUGAACACCGAGGUGCUCCACCCCCACACCAUGCUGCUGAUUCUAUACCUCACCCUCUGAAUACUAACAUUACACUGGAACCCUAUCCCAUUGGCUUCAAAAUACCACAACUGGAGACUUAUGACGGGACAAAGGAUCCCGAUGAUCACCUGCAUGCUUUCUACUCUUGCAUGCAAGCUCAGAACGCCUCUGACGCGUUAAUGUGUAAAAUCUUCCCCUCUACUCUGCGAGGUAAUGCUCGAACUUGGUAUUACAGUCUACCCCCGAGGUCAAUUAGUUCUUACACAGAGAUGGCAUCGGCAUUUGCCACUAAGUUUUCCAGUAAAAGGUUGAUUAGGAAAACUACCACUGAAUUGAUGCGAGUUAAACAGAGGGACGGAGAGUCUCUAAAGAACUACAUGAGCAGGUUCAAUGAUGCGGUGUUGGAGGUUAGUUCCUUCGACCAAGCUGUGGGUAUUGCAGCUGUAAUUUCUGGUCUCAAACAUGACAGGUUCAGAGACAGUUUGAUCAAACAUGCUGCCACCACCUUCAACGAGGUGAAUGAUAGGUCUCUCAAAUUUAUAACUGCUGAGGAAUACGCCCUGGCACAAAACCCACCUUCCUCUAAGAACCAGAACCCAGAAUGGAGAGAUGACAAUCCGAGCCGGAAAAGGAUGAGAAUGGCGCAGAACCGAGGUCCGAUGUUGACCUCCCCAACAAGAUUCGGAAGGACGAACUCAACUCCCCCGCAACAACCUGCAGGUAAACCUCCAGUUAAUUGGACUCCCUUUAAUCUGCCGAGGUCACAAAUUUUCAUGCAGAUCAAAAAUAAGAUGGACUUGAAGCGUCCUGGCCCAAUGCAAACUGCUGCUGCUAGUCGAGACCAUACCAGAUAUUGUGAUUUCCACCAGGAUCACGGCCAUACUACAGAGCAGUGUAACAGCUUAAAGUCCGAACUAGAAAGUUUAGCUCAGAAGGGAAUGCUGAAUGAGUAUGUUCAGAGAGCUGAGCAACCGAGGUUUGUCAGAGAGCAGAGGCCGCAGCCUCAAGGAGUCCGCAAUCCCCCAAAUAGACAAGGUGGACUGAGCUCUAAACAGCGAAAGCUGUAUGUCAGAGAAGUUAAGCAUCAAAAUCGAGCUCAGAAGCGAAAGAUUGACGAUGCUGAGUGGAAAAAUCAGCCCAUUACUUUCACAUCUGCUGACCUCGACACAGUUGUUACACCUCACAAUGAUCCUCUGGUCACUUCCGUCAUGAUCAAUAACUAUGAAGUACAGCGUGUCCUUGUUGACACCGGGAGUGCACCAGACAUCAUGUAUUUCCACUGUUUCGAGAGUCUGGGACUAGAUCCAGCUUUGUUGCAGAAGUAUGAUGGUCCUAUCUAUGGUUUCAACAACCAGCCUGUUCCGGUAGAAGGAGUUCUUACUCUCCAUGUGGCUUUUGGAAGUGGCAGAACCUAUGUAACCUCGUCGGUCCGGUUCCUCGUCGUCAAAAUGGCGUCCUCUUUCAACAUUGUUAUUGGUCGACCCACAUUGACCGAAAUCCGAGCUGUGGUUUCCCAAUCUCACCUCUGCAUGAAAUUCCCCACUCCUAUGGGAAUAGCAACAUUGCGAGGAAACCAGGAGGUGGCCAGACACUAUUAUAUCACCUCGAUAACACAACCAACGAAGGGCAAAGAUAAGACACCCGAGGUCAUUCCCCAGCAAAUUCACGAUAAUCAGCAGGUUAUGGACAUGCCAGGGAUUCCAAAUUCAGUCUCUCAACAUAAGCUCAGCACCAAUCCAUUGAAAAAACCAGUGGCCCAGAAGCGGCAUCUCUUCGGGGGUGAGAGGCUUCAGGCUAUUAAAGAGGAGGUAACAAAGCUCCUACAGGCUGGUUUUAUCAGAAAAGUUGAUUACUGUGAAUGGGUGGCUAACCCAGUUCUAGUGAAAAAGGCAAAUGGCAAAUGGCGAAUGUGCAUUGAUUAUACAAAUCUUAACAACGCCUGCCCUAAGGAUUGCUAUCCAAUGCCGAGUAUAGACAAACUAGUUGAAGCGGCUUCAGGCAAUGAGAGGUUAAGCCUUUUGGACGCAUAUUCGGGGUAUCACCAGGUGACAAUGGCUCCAGAAGACGAAGAGAAAACUGCGUUCUAUGCUGGCGAUGAAAUUUAUUGUUAUGUCAUGAUGCCGUUUGGCUUGAAGAAUGCAGGUGCUACUUAUCAGAAAAUGGUGACCAUUGUCUUCCACGCUCAGAUUGGCAAAAAUCUGGAAGUAUAUGUCGAUGACAUUGUGGUAAAGAGCCUCAAAGCAGAAGACCAUCUCGCUGACCUCGACGAAACCUUUAACAACCUCAGAAAGAACAGGAUGCGGUUAAAUCCAGCCAAAUGCAUUUUCGGAGUGGAGUCCGGCAAAUUUCUAGGUUUCAUGGUGUCCCGAAGGGGAAUUGAGGUCAAUCCAGAGAAAAUCAGAGCAAUUGCCGAGAUGGAACCGCCGAAAUCAGUGAAGGAUAUACAAAGGCUGACUGGAAGGGUGACAGCUCUGCAUCGGUUCAUAUCGAAGUCAGCAGAUAAAUGUCUACCGUUUUUCAAAAUUAUGAGGUCGGCCGCCCAAAAAGACGAAUCAGGAAAGCACAAGAAGUUUGAAUGGAACCAGGAAUGUCAAGCUGCAUUUGAAGAACUAAAGUCUUAUCUUAGUUCACCGCCUCUGUUAACUAAAGCUAUAGAUGGAGAACUUCUUUAUUUGUACCUGGGGAUUUCAGAUGAGGCCAUUAGUUCAGUUCUGGUGAGAGAAGAUUCUAGGCAGCAGAAACCAAUUUAUUAUAUCAGCAGCGUGCUGCACGGAGCAGAGCUGAGAUACCCUAUAGCUGAGAAAGAAGCAUUAGCAGUCGUCACUUCGUCUAGGAAAUUGAGGCCAUAUUUUCAGUCACACCCAAUUAUCGUUCUCACCGACCAACCUCUCAGGCAGAUUCUGCAGAAACCAGAGUGCUAUGGAAGACUAAUUAAGUGGGCAGUAGAGCUGGGAGAGUUUGAGAUAACAUUUCAGCAGAGAUCGGCCAUCCGAGCUCAAGCAUUAGCAGAUUUUAUUGUCGAAUGCACCCCAUGUCCUUCAACCUCUAAUCCAGAGCCCAACGAGUGGACCUUAUAUGUUGACGAGGCAUCUAGUAGCAAGGGUUCUGGGGCUGGCGCUCUUUUGAUUGGUCCAGAAGGAUAUCGAAGCGAACAUGCCCUGAAGUUCAAUUUCGAUGCAACAAAUAACAUGGCUGAAUAUGAAGCCCUACUACUUGGUUUACAUCUAGCAUUGGAGUUGAAAAUCAGAACAAUUCAAGUCUACAGUGACUCCCAGUUGGUGGUAAACCAAAUUAACUCAAUCUGUGAAGUUGUUGAUCCUGUGAUGGCACAUUUGCUUUCUAAGUUUGCCUCUAAUAGCUCUUUAAGUUCCAAAUCCGUUUUUGUAGAGAUCUUAGAUGAACCAAGCUUCAUGAAGCCUCGGAUGAUGGAGAUUAGCACAAACCCUGACACACCAAGCUGGACUGACUCAAUUAUCUCCUUUCUACGGGAUGGAAUAGUACUUGAGGACAGGCAGGAGGCAAUGAAGUUGAGGAAGAAAGUAUCUCGGUAUACACUUGUUAAUGGGGUUCUCUAUAAGCGAUCUUUUUCACUUCCUCUUCUGCGAUGCUUGAAUCCCUACGAAGCCGAGUAUGCACUUCGAGAAGUACAUGAAGGUGUCUGUGGGAGUCACGUCGGUGCUAGAACUCUAGCUCAUAAAGUCUUACGGCAGGGAUAUUACUGGCCAAACAUGUAUAAGGAUGCCAUUCACUUUUGGGGAUUAGAUCUUUUGGGUCCAUUCGUGAAAGGGGUUGGUGGCGUAACCCAUCUGGUUGUUGGUGUGGAUUAUUUCACAAAAUGGGUUGAAGCUCGGCCUUUAUCUAGUCUUACCUCCAAGAAGGUCGAAGAUUUUGUUUUCAGCUCGAUCAUCUGCCGAUAUGGGAUCCCGAAUCAAAUUGUGGCUGAUAAUGGAACUCAAUUCAAUUGCUCUUCAUUCCGAGAUUUCUGUUCUAGUUAUGGGAUCAAGUUACAGUUCACCUCCGUUUACCACCCGGAGUCCAAUGGCAUGGUGGAAUCUGUUAACCAAUGCAUUUUGGAAGGUAUAAGGCCAAGAUUGGAGCAGCAUAAGGCCAAGUGGGCAGACGAGCUCAACAACGUCCUCUGGGCAUACAGAACCACGAGCCGAACUGCCACAGGUGAAACACCCUAUCACUUGGCCUUUGGUACCGAAGCAGUCAUUCCUGUUGAAAUAGGAGUCCCAAGCUUCCGGGAUUUGAAACUCGUUUUGGCAAACUCGCCCCAAAUUGGGAAGGUCCUUAUGCCGUGGCCGAAGUGCCACAUCCUGGUGCCUAUAUUCUCCAAGACGCUGAAGGAAAGAGAGUUCCUAGAGUCUGGAAUGUCAAUAACUUGAAGAAAUUUUACCCCUAAUAAAAUUCUUUCAAGUGUUCUACGUCUUACUGUUCUUUACGUUUCUCACUUCAUGUUUGCUGAGAUUCAUUUUACUUCUUAUUCUAUGUACUCGAGGUUAAUUAGUUCUUUCAUUUCUCGAACCUCACUUCUGAUUAAUAGAAGUCACUUCACAUG